UCACUCACACACACACACACACACAUCAAAUUGAAAGGUGAUUAUUGUUGCCAACAACAUUCGAUCCACGUUGAAUUCUCCUGGUGUUGUAGGUUUGAGCAUGGACAGUGAAGAUGGAAUGGUGAUGAUCAGAAACGCAGAGAUCGACACAAGAGCCCCUUUCCGGUCAGUGAAGGAGGCCGUUAUGUUGUUCGGGGAGAGAGUUCUCGCCGGGGAGGUCUAUGCCAAUAAACUCAAAGAGAUGCAGAAUGAAGCUAGUGAAAAUGAGCAAGCCCAUUCAAGGCUUGGAACUGUGACGGCUGAGCUAGAAGAGACGAAGCAAAGCCUCCAAAAGGCGCAAGAAGAGAGCAUGCUAAUGGCUACUUGCCUCUCUGCCUUACAAGAAGAGCUCGAACAGACGAAAAUAGAGCUGCAACAGCUAAAAGAACGAGAAUUCGCGAAGCAAGGAAUGGAGUCGGAGAUCGAAGACCUCAAAUUUGUUGAAGAUUCACCAAAAUUUCAUGUCAAAACACGAACAAGUGAUGAAGGAGCUGAGUUUCAGAAGAAGAGAUAUGUAACUUUUGCAAACCCACCAUCAUUAACGCAGGUUAUAAUGCCACAAGCUGCUGAAGCUGUACUAGAAAGGCACCCAUCACUGAAGAAGAAGAAAAAGAAGCCAUUGAUACCAAUGAUUGGAGGGAUCUUUUCCAAGAAGAAAGGAAGCUCUGAAGUUGCAUCAUCACGAACUUGACAAUCAAUUUCCUUAUGAAAAUUAUGAUGCAGUUCAACUUCAAUAAAGUCAAUUCAAUUUGACUCGGUAUAAAAAUCAGCCUCCAGAUGAAAUCAAAGUCUGAGUGAGAUACUUACGUUUUAUGAUCA